UCAGCACAUGAUGACUCACAUCACUGCAAAUGGAACUGGUAAGCAAGGCCAAGCAACAGCUAACUGGGACAACCUACUUCAUUUUCAUCAAUGCUUCCUUUGUGUUAUUUUACAGGCUUCCCGCAGCCUUUCUCUCGCCACCGGGACGCUGUGGAGCUGCCCCCGAACCAGCAACUGGCGCUGUGUUUCAGUCAGUGGAUGGAAAUGUCUGAUCAACCCCAGAUCUCGAGCACUGUUUUGGAUCUCUGUUAUUCCAUAUUCAACAGCAUGCAUAAAAAUGAGGAAUCACAGAUUGCUUCUGCAAACCUUGCAAAGAAGGAUAGUCAUGGAACUCUGGGACGGCCUUUCUUCCUUUUCAGGCCUCGAAAUGGAAGAACUAUUGAAGGCAGUGAAUAUCGUGGAAUGUGAAGUUCAUGGAUUCAUUUACCAGCUCAAUGACUUGGUUUACAUAAAGGAAAGAGACUUCCCAUUGCACUGGUUGUCUAUUUUGUGACUCAGU